AUGACUACCACUUCUUACGAAGAAGAAAAGCUUCAGCACACACCUUGGGUUGAGAAAUACAGACCCAAGAAUCUCAAUGACAUUGCAUCACAAGAACAUGCUGUUAAAGUUUUGGAAAAGCAGGUUUCUACCGGCAAUUUACCUCAUAUGCUCUUUUAUGGUCCGCCAGGAACCGGUAAAACGUCAACGAUAUUAGCAUUGGCUAAGCAACUAUACGGUCCAAAUUUGUACAAAUCUAGAGUGUUGGAAUUGAAUGCUAGUGACGAAAGAGGUAUUUCAAUCGUACGUCAAAAGAUUAAAAAUUUUGCCAAAUUGACUGUGAGUAAUCCAAGUUCUGAAGAUUUGAAAAAUUAUCCAUGUCCGCCUUACAAAAUCAUCAUUUUAGACGAAGCUGAUUCGAUGACCAAUGAUGCGCAGAGCGCCUUGAGAAGAACAAUGGAAACGUAUGCCAACAUCACUCGAUUUGCAUUGGUGUGUAACUACAUCACUAGGAUUAUUGACCCAUUGGCUUCAAGAUGUUCCAAAUUCAGAUUCAAGUUGUUAAACAAUGAGAAUUCGUUGAAUAGACUAAAGUAUAUUGCCAAUGAAGAACAUUUAAACUUGGAUAAACUGCAAGGCGAAGACGAAAUAUUGAAUGAAGUGUUGAGAAUAAGUGCUGGUGAUUUAAGAAAGGCAAUUACCUAUUUACAAAGUGCGUCCAAAUUGAGCACGAGUUUGCAACUGAAUGACGAUAAAGAUGCAGGAUUGAUUACUAAACAAUCAAUUAGAGAAACUGCUGGUGUAUUGCCUGAUGAUUUGAUUGAUAGGUUGGUGAAGACAAUCAGGUCCAAAGAUGAGGAGAAGUUGGUGGGCUUGGUGAAUGAUAUAAUAUUAAGUGGGUGGAGUGCACAACAAUUGAUUGAUCAGUUACACGAAGUUUUAGUAAUGGAUGAUUCGAUAAACUCGUUAAUCAAGAAUCAAAUUGCUUUGGUUUUGUUUGACACGGAUAAAAAGUUGAAUUUUGGUACUGAUGAGCAUAUCCAAUUGCUCAAUUUAGUUCUACAAGUAUCAAAAGUUAUAUAG